AUGAAGCUUCUGCCCGUGUAUCCUUUGGCCUUGACCGCUGCGCUGGUGGCUGCCUCUCCAGCAGCCGUCAACAACAGUGACUCGGGGGCUGCUGCGUCGGCCAUCCACUUCGGGAUCACACAUAUCAUCAAUGCCGCGUCCGUCUUUGAUAUCAACGGGGUGACGUUCCUCAUUGAUCCCUUCUUUUCGCCCCAGAACACUAGCUUUCCUGUCCCGGGCCUCAGCAAAGCGAUCUGGUCAUUGCUGGAGCCGGCUCUGACGCCCGAACAAAUCCCUCCGAUUGACGCCGUGCUGCUCAGCCAUGAAGACCAUCCUGAUAAUCUCGACCCCAUUGCCCGGAUGCGGUUCCUUGACGGUCGCAAGGUUCUCACGACGCCGGCGGGAACGGAGGCGCUCCAACCUCGACCCGGAGUGCAGGCCAUGGAGAACUGGAAGACGGUCAGCUUGGAAUUGAAUGGACAGGUCUGGAACUUCACCGGCACCCCAUGCCAGCACAUGCCCGGCGGGCAGGUGACCGGCUUUAUUAUUACCGGCCCUGGGUUUGGAAGCACCGACGGCCGUCCCAAUGCCAUCUGGUACUCCGGUGACACCCUGUACCUUCCGGAAUUGGCACAAAUGCGCGAACAAUUUCACAUUAAAGUGGCCGUCUUGAAUAUGGGCGCUGCCUAUUUGAUCUCGGAUGUCGGCGAGCCGUACCGGAUUAUCAUGAACGGAACCGAAGUUGCGCGCACCUUCCAAGACGUCGGAGCUGAGAUCCUGGUCCCACUGCAUUAUGACUCUUUCAGCCACUUCCCCGAGGGCAAAGACGAUGCCCGGCGGGACUUUGAAUCGGCCGGGGUUGCGGACAAGGUUCACUGGGUUACGUCCGGCCAGCGGACAACGAUCCUCUAG